UCUCGAUUUUCCUGUCUCUGUAACCUUGCCGCCUUGGGCUAGUCAAGAUCGCAUCGUUCUUUGUUACACAGGAACUAAAGAUGAACAGAUUGUGAAGCGAAUGGAAAAGACCGUAUUGUGUUUCCGUCUGAGAUGGGACGAAUAUUGUGUUAUGUAUGCUGCAUUUUAUUCAUCUUUCAGUCUGAUAAUGGACUGAAGGUCGAAUCAAGGAUCCAUCCACAUGAGAGAUUUCAAAGACAGACCUGCAGUGCUUUAGAAUUUCAUUGUGCAUCUGGUAAGUGCAUAAGCAGUACAUUACUCUGUGACGGAUUUAAAGAUUGUGAUGAUGGUUCAGAUGAAACAGCUCAUCAGUGCAAUAAAAUAAGGUGUCCCAAGUUUGCCUUUCAGUGCAGCUAUGGGGCUUGUGUUGAUGGUAGUGCCAAAUGUAAUGGUAUAGCAGAUUGUGCUGAUGGGUCUGAUGAAAAACACCCCUCCUGUGAUGUAAAGCCAAGUACCGGCGUUUGCAAGUCUUCAGAGUUCCACUGCAAGUCUGGCAAAUGUAUAGAUAAUACCUUAGUAUGUGAUGGGAUUAAAAAUUGUGAUGAUGGUUCUGAUGAAACAUUUGAGCAGUGUAGCAAAUUCAGGUGUUCACCUCUUACAUUUCGUUGUUCAUACGGUGCGUGUGUCGACCUCGAUUACCGCUGUGAUGGUCAACCCCACUGUGCUGACUCUUCGGAUGAGGCUCCCAUCUUAUGUGGAACAGAAAACAAGCCCACUUGUAAACUUCCAAAUAAACCAGAAAAUGGAAACUACAAAAUCCUUAACUGUAAGGAGACUGACACAUCUCCCUUUUGUCUCCAAGUUCCUGAUACUAUUGCACCUGAAUAUACUAUCCUAGAAUAUCGAUGUGUUGCUGGAUACAACUUGGCAGGCACUGCUUCAAUUCCAUGUAUUGAAGGACAGUGGGCUAAUUCACAUCCUGCAUGUGUUCCAGUAUCAUGUCCACCACUGGAAUCCAACAACCUGAACAUUAAGUGUAACUAUAAAGGCAAUAAUGUUCUAUGUGAAAAGGCUAUGGCCCCAGGAACUGUGGCUUCCUUGGAAUGCAAAGUGUCCUACCAACUAACCUUUGAGCCAGGCUAUACCAAGAUCACGUGCCAGGAGAAUGGAAAGUGGGACAGGCCAUUAUUUACAUGCACUCAAGUGUGUGGAAAGAGAAAUCCUAAAGGAAAACCGUUUGUCUCUAAUGGAGUGCAAGCUAAAGUUGGCGAAUUUCCAUGGCAUGUGGGUAUAUACAGAUAUUCUGCUAAUGGCACUCUUCAGCAAAUAUGUGGUGGUUCACUCAUCAAUCCAAGUACAGUAGUAUCUGCUGCUCAUUGCUUUUGGAGUGAAGCCUAUGGUAAAACAAUGGACAAGGAUAAUUUCAGAAUUGCAGCUGGCAAAUAUUAUAGGGACUGGGAUAUUAAAGAUUCUGAAAUGCAAGAGCGGCAGUUGAGUGAUAUUAUAGUGCAUGAAAAGUACAAAGGACGAAAUCUGCACUUCAGCAGUGAUAUUGCUCUGUUAAAAUUGAAUAUCUCAGUGGAGCUGACCUGGGCAGUUUUACCAGUAUGUGUCGAUUGGAGGAAUGAAUAUGAACGCUUCCAGCUAAGCAAUGGAAACCUUGGAAUAACAGUUGGUUGGGGCUACACACAAAAUAAUGAACCAAGCAAUGAGCUUCUUACUACAAACUUGCCAUUUGUGGAUUUUCAAACUUGCUGGAAAACUAUUCCAGAAACAUUUCAAUCCUAUGUCACUCCAGACAAGUUUUGUGCUGGCUACUUGAACGGUACAAGUGUGUGUCCAGGAGACAGUGGCGGAGGAAUGGCAUUUGCGCAUGACCAGAAGUAUUAUUUGCGUGGACUUGUAAGUGUGGGACUGGAACCAGAAGGUGAUGCAAAAUGUUUUACUGACCAAUACACUGCGUUCACAAAGGUGUCAGAUUUUCUUUCAUGGAUCGAUAGCAAUAUAAGAUGACACUACUGUGCUCUGGUACUAUGUUAUACAGGAAAUAACACAAUGGCUAGAUGAAAUGCCAUCAACACGUCCAUUCCUUCUGCCAGUAUCCAAUUUAUGUGACACAGAAAGGAAGGACCGCUAGUACAACAGUUGCUCUUAAUGGAAGUAAUCUGAUCAAUGUAUGAUGUGAAACUAGUAGAACUAUUAUGAACAGAGGCUGGAUCUGGAGUUGGUGAUAAAAAUAGAAGCUCUGCAUACUGAUUAUAAAUUUACUCAUGGCCAUCUAAAUAAAUCUGCCACAAAGACUUUCUGGCUUAUCAACUAUG